AUGAUCAACAUUGCAGUAAUUGGAGCAGGGAUCAUUGGCUUGUCAACAGCUGUAAAUAUACAGAAUCGACUACCUAAUGCAACUGUUACUGUUAUAGCAGAUAAAUUUGAGAAAGACACUACAAGUUAUGGUGCUGGAGGAUUAAUACGACCUACCUAUCGCCAUAUAAAAGGUGACAAGGUAGUUUUAAAGCGAUGGUGUAAUGCAUCAUGGGAGUAUUUUUCUGGUUUAAGUAAAGGUGGUAGAAGUAGUGAAUCAGGCGUAUUUCAUCUUGGAGGUUAUGUUGUUAGUGAGCAAGAACAGAAUGAUGAGCUAUGUGAUUCUACUGUGUUAAAUGUAAGAGAGUUGUCAGAAGAAGAAAAACGAAGAAAAGGCUUCAAUCAAGCACACAGUUAUUUUUUUUCUACAUUGGGAAUUUCACCACCUAAAUAUUUAACCUUCUUGAUGAAAGAAUUUCGUGAGAAAGGUGGAACAGUUAUUUUUCAAACUGUUGUUUCUUUAAAGGAGUUUGUUGGUAAAUAUGAUAUUGUUGUUACAUGUUGUGGAUUAAGAGCGAAAGAGUUAUUGAAUGAUGAUGGAAUAUUUCCAGUUCAAGGUCAUACUGUUAGAGUCUUUGCCCCAUGGUUAAAACAAUGGUAUAUGAAUACAGAUACAGAUACAUAUUUAAUACCUCAUAAGUUUACAUUUAAUACCUCAGUAAUUAUACUUUCCAUACUCAGUAAAUUUACAUUUUAUACCUCAGUAAGUUUACAUUUAAUACUAAGAUUCAAUGGAGAAGUUGUAUUAGGUGGUUGCAGAAAAAAGGGUGAUUAUAGUCUCGAUAUUGAUGAAGAUUUGUGUAACGACAUUAUGCGUAGAUGUGAAGAACUUUGCCCAGAAAUUAAGGGUGCCAAAGUUGUACGUAAUUGGGUAGGAUUAAGACCUACAAGAGAACCAGUAAGAAUAGAGAAAGAACUCAAAAAUUUUGAUGGAAAAAAGUUAAAGGUGGUACAUAAUUAUGGACAUGGAGCCAAUGGUAUAUCAUUAAGUUGGGGAACAGCAGUUGAUGCAGCUCAACUAGUUUAUGAUUGGGCAAAUGAUAUGCAGUUUACAUCUAAACUCUAA